CGUGAUCCAUUCGCACAGGAGGCUCAUGGCGGCACUCGUGUGCGUCGUGGCACUGGCAUCCGUCACGGCAGCCACCGCGACCGUUAUCCUGACGCGCACGGACGAGUUCGUGGACGCCGACGCCAGCACCGGCGAGAAGGACACUACCAUCGAACGACCGCACAUCGGGUUCUGCACUCUCGAUCGCUCGAAAACUCGCUCUGACGGAACGUCGGAACUCUCCAGCACGGAUUUCACCGAGAGCUACGCCAUUUCGCAGACCGUGACCGAACCUUCACAGACCCUGAGCGAAAUUUCGCAGACCGUGAGCGAAUUUUCGGAGACCGUGAGCGAAAUUUCGCAGACCGUGAUACCUUCGCAGACCGAACCGCCGCAGACCUCCUCCCUCCUAUAAAAUGGAAAAACAGAAAUUGCGGAAUUUCUAAAUGAAAUUUAACUCAGAUGCGAACAAUUUGUAUUACAAUGGUGUUGACACAGUUUACUUAUUUAACACAUUCUCAUCUUAUGGUUAUCUUUCUCAAUAUACAAUGUACUGUUAGCUAUAUACAGUUCUGUUUCUCGCUAUAUUACGCGUUGUUUUUUGUAUUGUUACAAAUGCUGAAUAAGUGUUACUUCUGUGUUGUGACGAAUUAUUCAAUGUCACGCCUUUCUUUUCUACUUUCUUCGCACUGGUCGUGUCAUUUUUUUCUUCCGUCCUUUUUUCUUUUAUUUCUUAACUUCACCUGUUUUGAUUUUCAUGUGCGGUACCAGCUGUAACUGCCCUGAAGGUAGCAUAAAAUCCUUCAAGCUGGUAUAUAAGGGCAUUUUUGUCUUCCCCAAUUUCUUUUUCUUUGCGAUUUCCGCAAGAACUGGCAAUAAACAUUUGAACAACGUAGUCCUUCUUCCACAAUCUAAGGCCUUGGAAACGAGCCCGAAGUGACCAGAAACUACAAAUCCUUUCCUACGAUCGUACAAGUGUGCCCCAUGCGUAUAUGAAACAUCUAAUUUCCCGCCUCUGCAGCCAAAAGUACACUCGCGUCUAAUGUGAGCUGUAACAAUAGUGCUGGU